UCUGGGUGGAUCAUUUUGUGUCGGACCUUUAGACCUUUAUUAUUGGCUGUGCUGCCGAGGAGUUUUCGUUUAGUCAAGACUCAAGAGUGUUGCUUUCUGAAGGGCAUUCUGUGAGGAGUUUCUCCGUGUGUGUUUGGCAGUCUCUGAGGGUGUGUUUGAUAUCAGACAGCUAUGAGUGGUAAAUAUAGCGUGGUGUUACAGGGUCCUGCCCCUUGGGGCUUCAGACUGCAGGGGGGGAAAGACUUCAACAUGCCUCUCUCCAUUUCACGACUGACGGAUGGAGGAAAGGCUGGUAAAGCGGGAGUCGCUGUGCGAGAUCUGGUCCUGUCCAUCGAUGGCAUCAGCACUGAAGGCAUGAACCACCUUGAGGCUCAGAAUAAGAUUAAAGCCAGCACAGACAAACUCAACCUCUCUUUACAGAAAGCUUCCAGUCUUCCAAAACCAGAUGUGGCACCAAAGGAUGUUUCUGUGGAAAUCAUCAAACCCGUUCCCAUGACAACCUGCAUUCCAUCUUCCUCUGACAUCACAAACUCCACCCACAUCACUUCAUCAUCCAAUAGGGGUGCUCGUUCGUUUGGAGGGGCGGGGUCACCACACAUAGCCUCCAUUCCCUCCGCCGCAUCUGCUUUUGCACUCGCCUCCUCAGCUCAAAGCCCUAAUCCACUGGCUCCGCCUACUCCUACUGAUGGCUCACCAAAUCAUAUACCGUCGGUGCCCCGCCCUUCGGUGUAUAACACACCCAUCUAUCUCUACUCCAAUGAGAAUGCCUGUGAAGUUGCCAUGGGCCAGAGGCGGGGCCUGCUGGAAAGCCAGGGUGAGAGCUCUCAGCUGAAUGGACUUCCUCGUAAGCCUAUCACAGAGACAGACAUUGAGUUUUACCACGUCCCAACUCACGGUGAUGCCAGCAGGAAACGCAUCAUGGAGGACACAGAGGACUGGCGCCCACGGACAGGAACUUCACAGUCCAGAUCCUUCCGUAUCCUGGCUCAAAUCACCGGCACUGAAUCUGAACUUGAUCCCUCACAGGAGGCUGAAUCAGCAAAGAAGACAACAAACGAGGAGCUGGAUGAUCCUCAGCCCAACACUCAUGUCACCUGUCCUGUUAAGACCAUGACCAAAGCCCCAGGAACGCCUGUCAGAAACACAGCAGGUCUCAUUACUCCCACGUUUGGUGUCGUGAGCAACAGUACACCUUUAGGCCCCGCCUUAGACCGCCCCAUGCCCCGCCCACACCCAAAAGACGAAGCCUCAUUGGUCCAGAUGGCAGAACACAUCCCUGCCGGCACACGCACUCCUAUGUGUGCUCACUGCGACAUGGUUAUCAGGGGGCCGUUCCUGAUGGCGAUGGGUAAAUCCUGGCACCCGGAGGAGUUCACAUGCGCUCACUGCAGCGUGUCUCUGAGCGAGCUGGGGUUUGUGGAGGAACAGGGCUCUGUCUACUGCCAACACUGCUACGAAGAGUUCUUCGCUCCGACAUGCUCACGCUGCCAGCACAAAAUCCUGGGGGAAGUGAUCAAUGCACUCAAGCAGACCUGGCACGUGUAUUGCUUCCUCUGUGCAUCCUGCCAGCAACCGAUAAGAAACGAUACUUUUCACCUCGAGGAUGGAGAGCCGUACUGCGAGAGAGAUUACUACGGUCUGUUUGGGACGGGUUGCCGUGGCUGUGAUUUCCCAAUAGAAGCAGGAGACAAGUUUCUAGAGGCCCUGGGCGGCACCUGGCACGACACCUGCUUCGUGUGCUCAGUUUGCAGCGUCAGUCUGGAGGGCCAGACCUUCUUCUCCAAAAAGAACAAACCGCUUUGCAAGAAACACGCUCAGACUCUCAAAAUAUAAAAACACUCCAUAACUGUUGAAGUAUGUGCAAAAAAUGUAAAGAACACAUAUUUACAACAAUAUAAAUAUCACAUACUCAAAGUAAAAGCAGUUCUGAUGAGGUUUGAAAUGAA